CACAGGUUGAGAACCACUGUGCUAGAGCAGGGGUAGGCAACCUUGGCUCUUUUAUGACUCGUGGACUUCAACUCCCAGAAUUCCUGAGCCAGCACAGAGCAUUGCAUAUGCUUAACCAGGUUUGCCUUAGGGCUGUCGGAAUCGGCUGAUGUUACAUUCCAUAUGGAAAUGUAUGCAAAUCAUCUCCUAACUGCCAACCGCUUCUCCCGGAAUGUUCCCGCCUCCUUUGCCCGAUUGGGCUUCAUCGGCUGCUCCAGCGUUCGCUCGAAACAAAAUCAGGGGGAGCAGAUCCGGCUGGUCCCUUUUCACGCCAUGACGCACAAAAAACCCCAGUAAGUUGGCAUUUAGAUUUUCUUCUUUUUCCAGCCGGAAAUGCCGGAGCUGGGAACUGGCAUUCUCCAAACAGGCUGGCAGAAAACAGCGCUUGAAGACCAAGAGGGUGCCGACAAAUUUGGGGACUUUAGGAAUGAAACGCAAAGCUCUCAAAAGAAAAGGUGGAGAAAACCUUCCGUUGGUGUCUGUUCCCUUCUCUCUAAUUUCCUCUUUGAGAAACGCCGUCCAUCGUUGGUGAUUAGCUCUGUGGAGCCUCCCUGACCGGCAGCAGUCUACCUUUGAACAGGAGCCAUCAGGGAGCACAGUUCGGGGAGGUUCUCUGGCUGGAUUCAGGGGGAGAAACGCUGACAGAAUUUUUUGCUUGUUUCCUUUUUUGCUCAAUCAGGGUCCCUCUUGGUCAACCCAGAAGAAUAGAUAACAAAGAGAAACCAAAACCUACAAUCCGAGAUUAUCAACCUCGCUGUGUCCAUGAAGCAACCAAUUUACGUUUUUUGAAAAGAAGAAACGUGGCUUACCCCCAUUCCAGUAACCAUUGUUUGCUUUCCUUCUGUUGAAGCUGACCGGCACAUUAAUUAUGUCUAUGUCGGUUUCGUAUCUCGGACAUUUUGAGUAUGGCUACACUCUCAUAUUGGUGCAUCACCCAGCUUCGCUCUUUGUUGCCAACUUGACAAAGGAGGAAGUGAAGAAUCUGAAACACUUUUGGUUCAUCUUAUCGCCCGCUGUCAUAUUCUUCCCAAUGGGAGGGUUCAUCGGCAUUGUGUUGUUCGCAAACCUGGUGGACAAAUAUGGCAGAAAGUAUCUCUUGCUGUUUAAUAACACCUUGACUUUCGUCGUCUCGAUUUUUCUCUGCAUUUCCAAUAGCAUCCGUCUCUUCGAAUUCACCCUGUUUGCCAAUUUUAUGACUGGGAUAUGUUCAGGGAUCUUUUCUUGCUGCGAUCCACUGUACCUCAUAGAGGUCUCUCCCACCCCCAUAAGAGGAUCGAUCACGGCAGCCUCAGCCUUCUUCUUCAGCCUCGGCGUUAUAUUAGGUUACACGCUUGGACUUCCACACAUGUUGGGGAACGAAGAAGGUUUCCCGUUCAUGGCUAUUUUACUGGGUCUCAUUGCUACCAUUUGUAUUUUGCUCCUCCUGAUUUGCCCAGAAAGUCCUCGGUUUAUUUUCAUCCAGAAGAAGAACGAAACGAAGGCAACAGAAGUUUUAAGAAGCUUGAGGGCCCAAGGGGACGUGAUGAAUGAAAUCAAGGAUCUCCAGGAAGAAGACUUUUACGAACUCAAGGCUAACGAGAAAAAUAUGACGUUCUGGAAAUUUUUACAUGCUCGGAAUUUCCGGUGGCCCAUAGUCACCACCAUCGUGUUGAUGGCCGGAAGUCAGCUUUCUGGCAUCAACGGGAUGUUCUUUUACGCCAAGAGAGUCUACGUGGUGAUGGGGUUAUCCAAGCCAAUCUCAGAGAUCAUUUCUUUAAGCAUCAAUCUUAUCAUCCUCAUCACCAUUAUUGCCUCGAUCAAUUUGAUUGAGAUGUGGGGCCGGCGAAUUCCUUUAAUCAUGGGUUUGAUGAUCUGUAGCAUGGCCUGCAUCCUUUUAACCCUGGCACUGGAAUUCCAGGUGCAGAGCCCUCCAGUGUCUUUCCUAAGCCUGGUUUUCAUUAUUAUCUUUUUAAUUGGACAUAUGAUAGGACCAGGCCCGAUCCGUGUGGUCAUUCUGGGAGAGCUUUUCUUGCAGUCGACCCGCGCCUUGGCUUUUACAAUUGGGUUCAGCGCCCUGUGGUUCAGUCGCUUUGUCUCUGGGAUGAUCCUGAUCCAGCUGGAGUUACUCCUGGGCCCCUACUCUCUGCUGGUCUACUGGCCCUUCUGCGUGGCCACCUUCAUUUAUCUUUUCAAGAUGCUUCCCGAAAGCAAAGGCAAAACUUUUGUGGCGAUCCAGUUGGCCCAAAAAGAAGAGAAAGGAAACUGAAAGCGGAAAAAGCAGCUGAACUGACUUAAAAGAAAGGAUGGCUGGUUUUCAAACAGCGGCCUGUCGGGAUGCCACGUUGCUGCUUUUCCUUGUGUGUUGUCCGAUGUUUCUUUAUGUUUUUUUGGGGGGGGGAUUGCUUGUAGGUCUCCUUUCCCCCUGGAUCUCAACUCUUUCAUUCCACUGAGAAUUUGGCGCUACGUAUUUCAAGUCUCUUCCUUUCCUUUGCUGGGAUAACUAGCUAGAACUCAGAUCUCUGUGGAAGACCAGUCCUGGGCAUUGGGACACUGCUGGAUCCGCGUUGGGUACUUUCACAAAAUGGCUACGAAGGAGGGGGUGUGGCCUGGAGAAGAGCCACGCCUAUUUGUGCAACCGUUUCUGAAUUUCCUUACCUGAAUCUUUGCUUGCAGGCUCACAAUGGAGUUCUGAGUACUACUAGCAAUAAAGGUAUUGGGACGUUUUCUGUUGUGUUGCCUUUCCUUUCCGUUUUUUUUUUUAAAUUGAUUUUUUUUAGAAGCUACAGUGAUAAACGUUGUGGAGAAUAUUGCUGUGCAAGGAAACACUUUUUUUUUUUUUAAAAAUCAACCCUCUCCAAACAGUAUGUAUGUAUGUAUGUAUGUAUGUAUGUAUGUCAGGAGCACCAUUGAGAAUCUAAGUAGCAGAGCAUGCAAGGAAGGGGGAAAGUGGAGGGAACA